UUAAGUGUUUUGAGCAGAUUAAACUUUUGGGGUUGAAAAAAGAACUUUGGUGGGACCCAUCCAGAGUCAACCUGUCCUCCUACAUCCUUUAUAGUUAAGUGGGAGACAUCUAAGGGAGUUUAUUUUCCCCCUCCCAUUUAAUAUUUUUAAGAAAAAUACAUAAAAAUAAAGCACCUUGUUUUGGUUGGACUGUGCUCCACAUCUUCAUUUUCAACAAGUGGUUGAGAUGCCCUCCAUUCCGCAGAGACAUGAGGAUAAACUAGGAAGCAGACAUCUUUUCUUCCUAAAAAGCCACAACAGGAGUGUCUUAGCAAUGGUUUCAGGGGGGGGGGGGGAAACAAAUUGCCCAGGAGCUCCCUAAUAUUUGAGACAACUGUUCACUUGGAAAUGACAUUAUCUCCUUCCCCCAGCCCCAUAAACUAUGUUUUUUUAAAAAAGUUCUGUCCACCGCUUAGCUUAGGUCCUCUCCUGGACUCUAGGGAUAUCAACUGUUCCACCUUCAAGUGCUUGAUCUGAUCGACCUUUCUGUAUCAGAGAUGUCAGACUUUGUCCAUGUGAGAAGAGGGAGAUCAUUGGCCUAGGGAGUUGAGGGAGAGGUGGAGAGUGGUCCUUGGACCUGACCAUAACCUGUUGCUCUUGGAAGUCCAUAGCCUGAAGUUGGUUCUUCAAGGGAUUUCUUUGGGAGUUCACUAAACUGGAACUUCCUUGCUUAGGCAGGAGUUAGUCUUCUUCCCCCUAUACCUGAGGGAGACUCUUUAGACUUCUAUGAAGAAAGAUGAUCCAGCAAUGGAGAUCUCCUUUGAGUUUCCCUAAGCAAGCAAGCUUAGAUCCUCAGACUUUUUCACCUGGUUGCAGGCAUAGUUACACUUAACCCUAAGUAUAUUCGAGUAACAUUAGAGUUAUGAGACAUACACAGAGUCCACAUGAUUUAAAUGGUUUGAGCAUUGGACUAUGACUCUGGAGACCAGGGUUCAGAUCCCUGAUCAGCCCUUGAAGCCCUCUGGGUGACCUGGGAAACAACUUGAAGGCACAUAACAAGGAGGAACAUCCAUACAACCUUUCUCCCCAGGCCAUGACCCUUAGGAGCCUAAUUUGAAUUGGGAACCCCAAGGUUUAGAAAAUGGAGUGACCCCAUUUUUCAAGUCCUGUGGAUUGGAAGGUGGUGGUGGUGGUUGGUAGACAGCAAAGGACAGGGGGGUUCUCCUCACUUUUGAGGUUCUCCUCACCUUUGGCUCUUCUCACCUUUGAGGUUCUCCUGGCCUUUGAGGUUCUCCGGCUGUUGAGGUUCUCCUCAUCUUUGGUUCUUCUCCCCUUUGAGGUUCUUCUCACCUUGGAAGGACUUUCAAACGCACCUUUUCUCCCCAGGAAACAACUGACCCUUCAGUCCAUGCGAGUGUACGAGGAGAGGCAGAAAAAGGAGGCUGGGACCUCGGACGAAUCAUCCAGCGAGCAGACAGCUUUCAAGUGCUUUGCUCAGUCCACUUCUCCUGCUGUCUCUGCCGUGGGCACCUCCAACCUGAAAGCCUUGUGCCUGAGCGACGGGGAAAGCGACUCGGAGAGCAAGGAGGACCCCUCGGAGGCCAGCGACGCCGGGAAGAUCUCCACCACCACCGUCUCCAUCACCGCGGCGGCCAACAGCAGUAGCAGCAGUAGCAGCAGCAGCAGUAGCUCCUCCGGGGGAGCCGGAGGGGGCGAUCCCCGGGAGAAAAGCAGCCCCUCCAAAGGGAGCUUCUUCCCGCCAGACUCCGCCGGAGGGCUCCGGAGCAACCGAGAGAGCAGCUCCCGGCAAAGCCCGGCCACCAUCUCCUCCAGCACCCGGAGCCUGGGGGUCGAGGAGGCCAAGGAGGACUGCCGCGGAGGAGGCCCAGCCUUGGCCAAGGAGCCCUACGUCCCGCUCAGCGUCCAGACCGAGCCCUCGGCCACCUUGGCCCCGGGCCACCUGCCCAGCCUGGCCGCCUUCCCUCCCAGCCUGGCCGGCCAGCAGUUCUUCAGCCCUUUGGGCAACGGGCCCCCGCUGCUGCUCCACCCGGGACAGUUCGCCAUG